GGGGCCGACGUUCCAGGCAGAGGGAUCCCACAGAGCACAGGCCUGGAGGUGUGGCAGGGUCUUUGGGUGUGUGCACAGAGGCUGAGACCCGCCGCCAGAGGUCGCCAACCUCCGGGAUGGAGAAUAGGGGCGGGGCCUACUCCAAUCAUGGGUCCUGAAGACCCCUAGGGAGCAGGGCGGAGGAGUCGGACAAGGAGCGGGGCCAGGCUACGGAGAAAUGAUGCAGGCGGGGAAGGAGUGAAGCCCUUCCUUUCCCUUGGUUCAGUCCGAGGACCUGGGACCUGGCAGUCCCUCCCUCCCCCCUGUGCUCCUCCCCACGAGGGAAUGACACCCGACACUCCCACCCGCACCCUUAAGCGCUCCUGCUGCCUAGCUGGGCCUGCGCGCAGGUGCGGGGCUCCGAGCCCCGCCCCGAGGCAGAGAGAGCCCGCCCCCCGGGCCCCCCCGCAGCCCAGCCCCCUUGCUGCGUCUGCCUGGUGUGCUGUCCCCACGUCCGUCCGUGUCUGUCGGUCCCUGUCGGAUUGAACCACAAGCGGGGUUUGGGGUUCACAAAGGGAGCGUUGGUAUCCAGCCGUAUAGACGCGGCCCUGGCCUCACCAUGAAGUCACGCAGGGACAAGCUACACAUCCCGGCGCUGACCCUCGAUCUAUCUCCGAGUAGCCAGAGCCCGUCCUUGCUGAGCCCCAGCAGCCCCUGCAGCCCUUGCAGCCCUUCCCUGGGCCUGCACCCCUGGAGCUGCCGCAGCGGGAACCGUAAGAGCCUCGUGGUAGGAACACCCUCACCAACACUUUCCCGGCCCCUGUCACCUCUGUCAGUCCCAACUGCAGGCAACAGCCCCUUGGAUAGUCCCCGGAACUUCUCAGCUGUGUCAGCUGCCAGCUUCCCCUUUGCCCGGAGGGCUGAUGGCAGAAGAUGGUCCCUGGCGUCCCUCCCGUCUUCUGGCUAUGGAACCAACACACCCAGCUCCACCGUCUCGUCGAGCUCAUCCUCCCGGGAGCGACUCCACCAGCUUCCUUUCCAACCGACGCCAGACGAACUGCAUUUCCUGUCGAAGCAUUUCCGCAGCUCAGAGACUGUGGCCGACGAAGAGGGUGGCCACUGCUCACCCCACCUUCGACCCCGCUCCCGCAGCCUCAGCCCUGGACGCACAACAGGAACCUUCGACAACGAGAUCGUCAUGAUGAACCAUGUGUACCGGGAGAGGUUCCCGAAGGCCACGGCCCAGAUGGAGGGCCGCCUGCAGGAGUUCCUCACUGCCUUUUCACCCGGCGCCCGGCUGGCGCUGGCCGAUGGCGUCCUGGGCUUCAUCCACCAUCAGAUCAUCGAGCUGGCCCGAGACUGCCUGGCCAAGUCUGGAGAGGCACUUGUCACUUCCCGCUACUUCCUAGAGAUGCAAGAGAAGCUGGAGAGACUGCUACAGGAUGCCCAUGAGCGCUCGGACAGUGAGGAGGUCGGCUUCAUUGUCCAGCUGGUCCGGAAGCUGCUGAUCAUCAUUUCCCGGCCUGCACGGCUCCUUGAGUGCCUUGAGUUUGACCCUGAGGAGUUCUACCAUCUGCUGGAGGCUGCUGAGGGCCAGGCUCGAGAGGGCCAGGGCAUCAAGACGGACCUGCCGCAGUACAUCAUUGGGCAGCUGGGCCUGGCUAAGGACCCCCUUGAGGAGAUGGUGCCUCUGAGUCACCUCGAUGACGGAGGACAGGCCCCAGCACCCGAGUGCGUGGAGAGCCGUUCCCUGGUCGGCCCAUCACGGAGGAAGCCGUGCGAGAACGACUUUGAGACCAUCAAGCUCAUUAGCAAUGGGGCCUAUGGGGCCGUCUACCUGGUGCGGCACCGGGACACAAGGCAGCGCUUCGCCAUCAAGAAAAUCAACAAGCAGAACCUGAUCCUGCGCAACCAGAUCCAGCAGGUCUUUGUGGAGCGCGACAUCCUCACCUUCGCCGAGAACCCCUUUGUGGUCAGCAUGUUCUGCUCCUUUGAGACCCGGCGCCACCUCUGCAUGGUCAUGGAGUAUGUGGAAGGGGGCGACUGUGCCACACUCCUGAAGAACAUGGGCCCGCUGCCCGUGGACAUGGCCCGCAUGUACUUCGCAGAGACAGUGCUGGCGCUUGAAUACCUGCACAACUACGGCAUUGUGCACAGGGACCUCAAGCCUGACAACCUGCUCAUCACCUCACUUGGCCACAUCAAGCUGACCGACUUCGGCCUAUCCAAGAUCGGGCUCAUGAGCAUGGCCACCAACCUCUACGAGGGCCACAUUGAGAAGGACACCAGGGAAUUCGUGGACAAGCAGGUGUGCGGGACACCUGAGUACAUCGCACCAGAAGUGAUCUUCCGCCAGGGCUACGGCAAGCCGGUGGACUGGUGGGCCAUGGGCAUCGUCCUCUACGAGUUCCUGGUGGGCUGCGUGCCCUUCUUUGGAGACACCCCUGAGGAGCUCUUUGGCCAGGUGGUCAGUGAUGAGAUCAUGUGGCCAGAUGGGGAGGAGGCCCUUCCUGCUGACGCCCAGGACCUCAUUACCAGGCUCCUCCGGCAGAACCCACUGGACCGUCUUGGCACUGGUGGCACCCAUGAGGUGAAACAGCACCCCUUCUUCUGGACGCUGGACUGGGCAGGGCUUCUGCGACACAAGGCCGAGUUCAUUCCACAACUCGAAGCUGAGGACGACACCAGCUACUUCGACACACGCCUGGAACGGUACCGGCACCUGGGCUCUGAGGACGACGAGACCAACGAUGAGGAGUCGUCUGCGGAGAUCCCCCAGUUCUCAUCCUGCUCCCACCGGUUCAGCAAGGUCUACAGCAGCUCUGAGUUCCUGGCUGUGCAGCCGACCCCCACCUGCACCGAACGAAACUUCAGUGAGGACCGGGAGGAAGGAUGGGAGCGCAGCGACGGGGAGUAUGGCCGCCGGCUGAGCACUGAGGUCCGGCUGAGGUCCUGGACGUCCUCGGGCUCCACCUGCUACUCAUCCUCUUCCCAGCCUGAGCGGGGACCUAGCCCAUCUCUCCUGAAUACCACCGGCCCGGACACAAUGCCCAAGUUUGCCUUCUCGUCGGAAGAUGAGGGGGCCAGCCCAGCCCCUGUGGGCCCCAAGAGGCCCAUCUUCAUUCUUGGGGAGCCUGACCUGCCCCCAGCAGCCACCCCAGUGACGCCCAAGCCUUCCAGCCUCUCUGCCGACCCCACCGCCCUCAGUCAGGCACGCCUACGGAGCAACAGUACCGGUGCCCGACACUCCACGCCACGGACUCUGGAUGCCAGCCGGGGCCACCGCCUCGGGGGCCCCAAAGACCCGGCCCCUGAGAAGUCCAGGGCUUCCCCAAGCAGGGGCUGUGUGCCCAAGUCAGCCUCUGUGUCCGCCCUGUCACUCAUCAUCACAGCUGAUGAUGGCAGUGGUGGCCCCCUCAUGAGCCCCCUGUCCCCACGAUCACUGUCCUCGAACCCGUCCUCUCGUGACUCCUCUCCCAGUCGAGACCCAUCUCCCGUGUGUGGCAGCCUGCGGCCCCCCAUCGUCAUCCACAGCUCUGGCAAGAAGUAUGGCUUCAGCUUGCGGGCCAUCCGCGUCUACAUGGGCGACAGUGACGUCUACACUGUGCACCACGUUGUCUGGAGCGUGGAGGAGGGGAGCCCUGCCCAUGAGGCGGGCCUGCGAGCGGGAGACCUCAUCACCCAUAUCAAUGGGGAAUCAGUCCUGGGGCUGGUGCACAUGGACGUUGUUGAGCUGCUGCUGAAGAGCAGCAACAAGAUUGCCCUUCGGACCACUGCCCUGGAGAACACAUCCAUCAAGGUGGGCCCUGCCCGAAAGAACGUGGCCAAGGGCCGCAUGGCACGCAGGAGCAAGCGGAGCCGCCGGCGUGAGACACAGGACCGGCGGAAGUCACUCUUCAAGAAGAUCUCGAAACAGUCGUCAGCGCUGCACACCAGCCGCAGCUUCUCCUCCGGCCUCCACCACUCCCUGUCGUCCAGCGAGAGCCUCCCAGGCUCACCCACCCACAGCCUCUCCCCGAGCCCCACCAUGCCCUGCCGCAGCCCUGCUCCUGAAACCCUGGCAGACACUGCAUCCCCACCCAGUGCAUCUCCGAGCUCCAGCAGCCCUGCCUCACCAGCUGCUGCUGGCCACACCCGCCCCAGCUCCCUGCACGGCCUAGCUGCCAAGCUCGGGCCACCCCGCCCUAAAGCUGGACGCCGCAAGUCCACCAGCAGCAUCCCACCCUCUCCCCUGGCUUGCCCGCCUGUGCCUGCACCCCCACCCCGCUCGCCCUCGCCCCUGCCUGCACCCACCCGGUCCCCAAGGCUGCGCCGGGGCCAGUCGGCUGACAAGCUGGGUACAGGUGAGCGGCUGGAUGGGGAGCCAGGGCGUCGCAGCCACGGGCCUGAUGCCGAGCUGGUGGUCAUGCGAAGGCUGCACCUGUCUGAGCGCCGAGACUCCUUCAAGAAGCAGGAGGCUGUGCAGGAGGUGAGCUUUGAUGACCCCGCCGAGGAGGCCACCAGGCCACCAACUGUGAUGCCACAGAUCGAAGUGGAGGGCGCUGAGGCUGUGUCCGGAGCCCUGGAACCCACUGGGAAGGACUGAUCCCUCCCACCUGGCCUCCCCCUGGCCUGGAAGUCAUGUGUUUUUUGUGCAAGAUUCUUUCAGUCAAGUGACACCUGGAUGGAGACUAAGCCACCAGUCCGUCACACCCAGAAGGCAGGAAGCCAUCAUAGUCCUUGCUGGAAGGUGGAGUCAAGUGCCUCCGUGUUUUGAUGCCCAUCAGUCAGGGGCGAUAGAGCAGGAAUGGGGGGUGAGGGUGGCAUUGUAAAUAGCAGCAAAUCCGUGACUAAUUUAUUACUUUUUGUAAACAAUAACCUGAGGGAGCCGCCUGGGUCCUGUCCCUUGCACCUGGGACCCCAUUUGCAGACCCUGCCCCUGGGGCACAGAAGGAAGCACUUUGGACAGGUUACAUAUGUCCUUGUUGCCUCAUUUUUCUAUACUUGUAAAAUUUUUUUAAGUUUUUUGUGUUUUACCUGAUCCCAUCCCUGACCCAAGAUGUACCAAUGGGGAUGCGGCCCAGAUCACUCAUCCAGGCCCCAUCUGGAUGCGACCUGGAGAGUCUGUAAUUGAUUCCCCUCCACCACAAAACAGAGUCCUCCCCAUGAUGGACUGGACACUGAAGACUGCUUUCCACCAUCGUAUAGCCUCCAUCCGGAGACCAGCCUGGUUAGAGUCUGCCUCCAGUCCUUUGGGCUUAGGGGAUGUGGGAACUGGGGCUUUAGCAGAUGAGUAGGAGUUCAUCAGAUCUAGGCAGAGGGGUCAUCCACUCCACUGGGGGACAUUAAUGCCCCAGGAGACAGAAGCCUCAAAGGACGCUGUCAGGGCAGAAGAAUGUCCACCCUGGCCAAGAUUUCACAUGUUUGAUGCCCACGAGGGUGAGCACUAGAACAUGAUAUGUCUGUGAAAUACCCGCUGAUGGUCCCCUCAAUGUGUCAGAGCCUCCCUGGGGUGAAAUUCGAGCAGAAAACCCAAAUGGGGGGUAAUGAAGCCCAUGUCUGAAUCUUGGUUCCACUGUGUGGCUCUGGGAAAAUGGCUUCUGCACUUUGUGCCUGGGUUUCCUCGUGUUUACAAAAAUAAUCCCAAUGACUUUAUGUGCCAAACUCUUUUACUCAUGGCUUGUCCCUCAGCCAGCCUUGAGAAGGCUGGAGCUGGUGUCAUCACCACCAUUUUAAUGACAAUUAACAGAGGCCUGAUGAGGGGCAGAGACUUGUCCCACAAUUUCCUGGUGAGAGUCAUGCAGCCAGGCCCUGCUGUGGGCCUUGUCAGCAAAGGAGCUUGAAUACAGAGUCCAAUGUCAGACACAGCUGACCCCAGCCAGCCCAUGAUGCUGUGUGACCCAAGGGGGCAUCCCAGAGCCUCUGUCUCCCAUUUGGAGGUGGCUGGCAAGAUCUCUUGUGCCCCACAUGGUUUGGGGCACUUUCCAGAUCCUGCAGCCCGCUCUGUGUCCUCCCUGCCUCUCUCCCAGCACUGCCUAGUGUUGGAGCUAGACCAAGGCUAUGCAUGACUUGCUUCUUUCUUCCAUCAUGAAGCUGACAGUGAAUAAAACCCACAUGGACAAAGAGGA